AGCAGGCCUGGCCUCGCCUCCAGCGCUCCGCCGAUCGCUGUGCCGUCACCUCCGCCUCGUCCGCCCAGCGGGGUUUCCCCCGCCCCCUCGGCGCCGGCGCUGGUCGUGACUGCGCGCGCAGGGCCUGAGCGGGCGCCGGCGGGAAGGGGAAGCGGCGGGGUAGGACCAGAUUAUGGGCAGUAGUCCUUUUAAUUAAUCUGUCAUCAUGGCUAAUGAGGACAGUCCCAAGGCUGGUGAUAGUCCAUUUUCAUCAGAUAAACAUGCCCAACUCAUCUUGGCCCAGAUCAAUAAAAUGAGGAAUGGAGAGCAUUUCUGUGAUGUACAGCUGCAAGUCGGGAAGGAAACUUUUAAAGUUCAUCGGCUGGUUUUGGCUGCCAGUAGUCCUUACUUUGCAGCUUUGUUCACUGGAGGAAUGAAAGAGUCCUCAAAAGAUGUUGUACAGAUUCUAGGAAUUGAAGCUGGAAUCUUUCAAAUACUUCUAGAUUUCAUUUAUACAGGUAUAGUGAACAUAGGUGUGAAUAAUGUCCAGGAGCUGAUUGUUGCAGCAGACAUGCUACAGUUGACUGAAGUUGUUAACUUAUGCUGUGAAUUUCUGAAAGGACAAAUUGAUCCAUUGAACUGCAUUGGGCUCUUUCAGUUCUCUGAGCAAAUUGCCUGCCAUGAUCUUUUGGAAUUCACAGAAAACUACAUUCAUGUCCAUUUCUUGGAGGUUCACAGUGGGGAGGAGUUCCUGGCGCUUACAAAAGAUCAACUAAUCAAAAUUUUGCGAAGCGAAGAGCUCAGUAUUGAGGAUGAAUAUCAGGUCUUCUUAGCUGCAAUGCAAUGGAUUCUGAAGGACCUGGGAAAAAGAAGAAAGCAUGUGGUAGAAGUGCUAGAACCAAUUCGAUUCCCUUUAUUACCUCCUCAGAGGCUUUUAAAGUAUAUAGAAGGAGUAUCCGAUUUUAAUCUUCGUGUUGCAUUGCAAACACUUUUGAAAGAGUACUGUGAGGUGUGCAAAUCUCCCAAAGAGAACAAGUUUUGUAGUUUUCUGCAGACAUCUAAAGUUCGGCCUCGGAAGAAAGCAAGAAAGUACCUAUAUGCAGUAGGUGGAUAUACUCGGUUGCAGGGGGGUCGUUGGAGUGAUAGCAGAGCCCUCAGCUGUGUAGAACGUUUUGACACCUUUAGCCAGUACUGGACCACUGUGUCUUCACUUCAUCAGGCUCGAUGUGGGCUGGGAGUAGCAGUUCUGGGAGGGAUGGUUUAUGCUAUUGGAGGUGAAAAGGAUUCGAUGAUUUUUGACUGUACUGAAUGCUAUGAUCCCGUUACUAAACAGUGGACAACUGUAGCUUCAAUGAAUCACCCCCGCUGUGGCUUGGGAGUGUGUGUGUGUUAUGGGGCUAUCUAUGCUUUGGGUGGAUGGGUUGGAGCUGAGAUAGGGAACACCAUUGAACGAUUUGAUCCUGAUGAAAAUAAGUGGGAAGUAGUUGGCAACAUGGCUAUGUCACGCUACUACUUUGGGUGUUGCGAAAUGCAAGGUUUAAUUUAUGUAAUUGGGGGCAUCAGCAAUGAAGGAAUAGAGCUUCGUUCUUUUGAAGUAUAUGAUCCACUUUCUAAGCGUUGGUCUCCACUUCCUCCAAUGGGAACCAGGAGAGCAUAUCUUGGUGUGGCUGCACUCAAUGACUGUAUCUAUUCUGUUGGAGGGUGGAAUGAGACACAAGAUGCUCUUCAUACUGUAGAAAAAUAUUCCUUCGAAGAGGAAAAGUGGGUUGAAGUUGCCUCAAUGAAAGUGCCUAGAGCAGGCAUGUGUGUUGUGGCAGUCAAUGGGCUUCUGUAUGUUUCUGGAGGUCGAUCUUCCAGCCAUGAUUUCUUGGCUCCAGGUACCUUGGACUCAGUUGAAGUUUAUAACCCUCAUUCAGAUACAUGGACAGAAAUUGGUAACAUGAUCACCAGUCGUUGUGAAGGAGGUGUUGCUGUACUAUGAAAUAUAAACCAUAAGGGAGCACAAGAAACAUUUUGAAAAUAUAGGAUCUGACUCUGUAAAUCACACAUGUAUUUGGUGAUAGGAUCCUCUGAUUCUAUUGAGUUUUCCAUAUAUUUGGUAGAUAAAUGACUAAAGAAUGAUUUUUCUAAGAAUUUGUGUAGGGAGAGAUAUGGAAUAUAUCCUAAAUUAAUAAAGAACUCACACAAAUUUGCCAAGCUUACCAAUAGGAAUGCUGUUUAUGCUCUGGAAUUCUCCUCUUGGGGGUAGAGUCCUAUUUGUAAAAAUGAUUUGCUAGAAGCUUCUUGGCAAAUAGCCCCAUUAGCUGCUUCUCCAGUGUCAGCCAAGCUGUAACACGACCCUUAUGUGAUGUAAGAAUAUCAAUGAGACAGUUUAAAGAUGUCUGUACAUUCAUGAUUCAGUCUACGGCGCAAUUUUCCAUGGCCACAGUUGAACCUACAGAGAAAGCCAGUGAAACAACUCCCUACUUUUAUUUGUUGCCAGGAGUUUUCACUAGCCCCAAACUUCUUAUUGGCAGCAGGUACACUGGGAGGGACAUGUGGGAAAUAUCUAGCUAUCUCUAUAGAUGUUUAUAUAGAUAGAUAAGUUUUUGCCUGUUGAUAACAGGAUUAAAAAAGCUUUUGCUCUCUUACAUUUUUUGUCUUAAUGCUGAAAAUGCAAGUGAGGAAUUACUGGAGGUUCUUAGUGACAGUCCUUUAGUGCAAUUGGAUGAUACAAUGGAUGACAGAGCCCAGUGAGAGAUAUGUACCUCUUAAGUUUCUUUCCUAUUUUCUAAAUAGUUAUCAAAAAUAUCUGCUUGGCUUUGGGAAGAGGGAAUUUUAUUAGACUAUCAAGCUUUGUGAAGCUUACUUGUACUUGGGCAAUCCUAAGUAUGAACUUAGUACAAAGCCUACUGUCUGGUUUGGAGAAGGUGGAAUUGUAGGUACCUAUGAAGCUUUUUAUAGACAUUGACAAAAGUGUUAAGGUGAAAGUCCUCUGAUCCAAAACUGCUUCUCAGAACUUUUCAUUUUUCCCGAGAAACUUUUUUUUUCUUAAGAUUUUAUUAAUUUGACAGAGAGAGACAGCGAGAGAGGGAACACAAGCAAGGGGAGUGGGAGAGGGAGAAGCAGGCUUCCCGCCGAGCAGGGAGCCCGAUGUGGGGCUCGAUCCCAGGACGCUGGGAUCAUAACCUGAGCCAAAGGCAGACGCUUAACGACUGAGCCACCCAGGCCCCCUACCCCCCUGCCCAAGAAACAUUCUAAAGAAUUGUUCUCUGUCUGGUUCUGAGAGGAACAUUCUUUGUGUACCUGAUCACUUUUAGUUAUUUCUACCAGUUGCUUGGAGCCAUACAUAUAUUAAAGGUCUUACAUACAUUUAGGUUUAUCUAAUGAUUCCAGGAUUUGAUUUGUAUAUUCCUGAUUUCCCCUUUUCCUUUUUUUUUUUUUUUUUUAAGACUUUAAACAAUCUCUACACCCAGUGUAGGGCUUGAACUCAACCCUGAGAUCAAGAGCCAGCAAGGCACCCAAUUUCUCCCUUUUCUUUCUUAAAGUCCUUCAGUGUAUUAUUACAGUGUAUCAGCAGCUUAUUUAGAUAGAAAAUCUUUGUCGGUAAGCAUUAAAGACUCAGGUAGCCCUCAUAUCUAAAAUAUUUGCAUUGGCCCACAAGGAUACUUUGUUUCAUAACUUAACCAUAUGCAUGUAUUAAGAAAAGCUUAUAUAGUAUAGAUAGAAAGCUCUGUGUCUCCUUUGGGGUAUCCUAAAAGUCUAAAGGGUCAUAGGUGACUGGUGAGAUCUAUAAUAUGUCAAGGAAUGACAUAAUUUGUAGAUUAUUUAAACUCCAUGUGCCUUUAAUAUUUCUCUACAGAGAAUCUGCAUUCUGGUUCAAAAGAGAUUUACAAAAUACUCCUAUAAUUUAAUUCUCAUUAUUGCCUGGUGCCAACCUGAAUUGGCACUGUGAAGGGAGGCAUUUUGUACUGCUGUGGCAGAAACAUUCAAGACAAUCUGUGUUUGGGCUUAAUGGAUCUAGACAAUCCCUGUAAAUAGAUAAUUAUAAAAAUGCAUAUUAUUAUAUUAUCUUCUAGGUAAUGACAUGGUCUUAAAAAUAAUGUACUAAUAAAGUAUGUUGAUUUUUGCUUA